AUAGAGAGAGAGAGAGAGAGAGAGAGAGAGAGAGAGAGAGAGAGAGAGAGAGAGAGAGAGAGAGAGAGAGAUGGCGAGAGACAGGAAUACACGUGGAAAGAAACCCGUCCGUAGGAGCAGCCGCAUCACCGAUCCCCUGCUUUUGUAUGAGGACAUAAUUGACAUUGAAUACGAAGACGGGCCGCACAUGCUGUUGGUGAGUUUGGACAACAGGGCCUGCGAGCUUCAUGCUCUCCAUAAACACUUGAUCCGACGAGGAGAUAGCUUGCUCGUCUGCAUGGACGAGGGCAACGUCCUACGCACGACACGAGUCAAGCAGGGAUCUGUUAGCCCCAGGAACUGGGCUGCGAAAGUAGAGCGACGCUUGCUACAUACAACGAAUCAUGCCGCCACUUUGCUUAGUGAGUUGUGCCGCAUGAUCGCGGAAGGCGAAACACAAUAUCGCCAGGCAUUGGCUGAGCGUGAUGAUGCCAUUUGGCGGUGGAAAGAGAUGGAGAAGCUUUACUACGAAAUCAGAGAUGAAAUGUUGGAGCAAGAGAGACGGUUGGCCGAGGAGGCACUCAUCAUUGAACUCAGAGCAUCGCAGCCCUCCACUGAACUAGUGGAUGUGGCAGCUGACUUAGACAGAUCGAUGACGACGUACUUAUGCUCCUGUGAGUCCUGUAUUCGUCGGCGAAAUAGUGAAACUUGUGAAAAACGUGUCUUCGAUGUGGAGUCCAAUCCGUGUCAGAGUCUCGUCAAUGUCGACAAAGGAGACAUGGCUAACUCCACGCCUGUCGACGAUGUGGGAACAUCAGGAGAUGUGUGAAUACAUUAGCUGUAGUCCGCUGUCAGGAAUCGACUUGAGUGUGUGAGAAGACAGCUACGGAUUGUGCAUCAACGUGC